AUGAUUCCUUCGCUUGAGUGGUACGAGAUGAAGGACGCUUUUCCAGCCAACGGCUCAACCGUCCUCUACAACGCAACUGCAGCCGAAAUCUGGCCGACUGUUCUCAAUAACUCAAUGGACACAUACGAAACUGCUCGUUGCCUCCAGGAUCCAUUCAGGUCACCAUUAAAUCUACACUGCCCGUCGGCCGGGUUCAUGGAUAUCUACAAAUGGUUUAUCGGUUUCACGAAGACUGGAUCACGCGAUGACUUGCUCUUCACAGACCUAUAUGCGAGCAGCGUUCAACGGAAGGUCUCCAUCAAGACUGGCAAUGACCCAAAGGGCGCCUGGGCCUACACCACCGUCAUCACAGAGCUGAGUACGAGAACGCUUGGCACCUUCUAUAACUAUGCGAGACACAACAACGCCGGUGGUACCCGGGAUAUGGCAUAUCCCCGAUUGCGCAUCACGGCGGACACUCCAAUACACCAGCCCAUCGUCUAUGUGAAGUGUAGCCUCUCUUUGUGGACCCAAGUCCCGGAUCGACUACGUGUCCCAUUUCCGAACAUCGAUAGGUCACAGGCAUGGGGGCAGGAGGCAUUGCAUCCCGAAGCUGAGACAAAAUACGCCAAGUCUAACGAUACUGUCUUUGAUCGGCUACCGAGUAAAAACGCGAGGUUCAAAUGGUACAAAAACAGCAACGGGGAUUUAUCAUCAUCGCUAUUUGCGUUGGCAAUCAUCCCUGUCUCGGCCAAGAACCCCACAAAAGACAGAUACUCAUCCACUGCCGCUGUGGCAUGCCCAACUGAUGCAAGGUGGGUCUCUAGCGAUGCAUAUUACCAGCCCAAGAACUCAACCACUGUCUCGAGCAACGUUUCUGAUGCACUCUCCGAGACCGAAUGGAAACCCGAAAAAGCACUCCUCACCAAAUUGGGCAUAUCAGAAAACCCGCUCGACUUGAGGCUCGACUGGGCGCAUUUUCUGAACCGACAGCAAAGCGAGUGGCUAGCCGACAACUCUUCCUCCAGUGUCAGUGGCAUGGCCCGGUUCCUCAAUACUGCCAUCAUCCGCCCUAAAUCAGAAAAGAACAACAUCACGAAGUUUUUUGCGCCUAACAUCACAUCCGAAGAUACGGGUGGCGCGAUCGAAGAAGCAAUAGCUAUGCUAGUGGGCACCGUGCUCGUGGACGGCAUAGCGCGAAGCACAUUCAGAUUAUCCUCUCUUGUCAAAUCUAACGCCACCAACGGGGACGUAGUGACAAAAUUGGAGACUUUUCUUCCUUCGGGUGAAAGGCUUUACAAAUGGAAGAGCUACGUUCCCGGUUUCUACUCAGUUCGCAUCACACUCGAUUCCUACGGCUACGGAUACGGACUCCAGAACACAGCCGUCUGGGCAGCCAUGGUUAUCCUGCUGCUCUUUGCGCUGAUGUUGAUUGUGCAUGUAGCAUUUAUAGGCUAUUCCAUCGCUAGAGGACGGUACUAUGGUGGCGAGUGCUGGGAGGACGUAGCGGAGCUCAUCGCGUUGGCAAUGAAUUCGGCGCCGAGCGACAAGUUGUACGGCACGAGUGCAGGCGUGGAGCGCCCUGAGACAUGGACGAGUAUGAUCCAGAUCCAGGAGACAGGCGACCAACAUCUGGAACUGUGUGUCGUGGAUGGACAGCAGGAGGAUGGAGAGACGGUUAAGAUCGGGAAGAAGUACUUGUAA